AUGGCACCACAUGAUACACUACCAGAAGCUGAGGGUCAUAAUACCGGUCAACUUUCUGAGGAUACAAUUCUUCAUAUUGGCCUGAUGGCCGAGUCGGCACUGGUGGCCGCAAAGUCUCAAAGACGUAAUAGUUCCCAUUUCUCCGAUCGAAUCGUUGAUAGUAUUUUUGGUGGAUCCAGAAGAAAUUCGGGUACUGGGUCACGUUCAGGUUCUGUAUCAGGCUCUCGUAGAUUAGGGUUAAGUUCAAAAUCAAGUACAACCAGCACUAUCACCAAUUCUACUAUGACGAAGAAGCAGCAACAGCAAGAUAAUCAUGAUGAUCAUGAUGAUAAAGAACCAGGCUUUUCUAUUUGGAUCAUAGCUAAUAAUUUCAAGGAGUUAAGUAAACGAUUGACUCCUCUUUUAUCAUUACAAAAAGGUGCUAUUAAUGUAUUAACUUGGAAGUCACCUUCUCAAACGGUAUCGGUGCUUGUUUUCUAUACUAUGGUAUGUAAAUGGCCUCAUUUGGUAUUGGCAUUACCGAUGUUGAUAGUUUUGGUUCAAGGGAUACUUCCUGGAUAUUUGUAUCGCCAUCCAAUUAGAACUCCACAUAUUAUUACUGUUAAGAAAAGAGGAAAAAGUCUUAUUGAGUAUUUCAAUUCUUCUAAUGACGAUAGUAUACUUAUUGAGUAUUUGGAUCAAACUACUACUGAUACAAGUCUGAUCCUAUCAACAGUUGCAGAAUCAGCAACUAUUGAGAUUCCAGAAGAUGCAAUAGAUGAAGUCAUUGAUACUAUUGAUAAAGGAGAACAGUUUGUUAAUACUCAAGCCAAUUUAUUAUCCAAUAUGAAACAUCUACAAAAUGGUAUGACAGAUGUUGUUCGGACCUUAAAGGUUGUUGAAAAACUUGGAUAUGAUCUUACUGGAUUUGCCAAUGAAAAAUUAUCAACAGCUGUGUUCUAUGGGUUACUUGUGGUUACGUUUGUGAUUAUAGUGAUGGGUGUAUACAUUCCCUGGCAACUUAUCUUCAUUCAAACUGGUUGGGUAUUGGUAAUUUUAUGCCAUCCCAACAGUAAAAAGUAUUUGGCCAUGAUGCUGAAGAAUAAUAAGAAAAGUACUUUAAAAAUUAAACGCAAGAAGCGAACCAAAUCUGAAUCUGUUAUAAGUGAAGAGAACAAUUUGAUCAAGACCUUUGAUACCAAAGGGAUCUUCCCUCUGGAUAGUCCACAAACACGAACACUUGAAGUGUUUGAGCUUCAAUAUCGAAGUUCGACUCAACCCAAAUGGAAAAAUACUGUUUAUUGUUCGUCAGUGUUUGAUUUGGAUGAUCCUAAAAGAUCCCGGGGGUUGCCACGUGGAGCAUCUGAAAUAUGGGAUGUUAUCCCACCUAAAGAUUGGAAAUUUGACUUUGCUUAUGUGAAUUCAUGGGAAAUUGACACUGCUCCUCAAGAUUUGAUUGAAGAACGAGCACUUUCAAGAACAUUGAUGAUAAAGAAUGAUGCCAAUGAUGGCUGGAUGUAUGAUAAGGUCAAAGUUCUUGAGGCAGACUUUGAAUAUCGUCGUCGUAGAUUAACACGAUCAUGCUAUAGAUAUGCUCGGAGUGUUUGGAAGCCACAACAUUAA